UCCUUCCCCCUCCCAGACCUCUCCAGGAAGGUCUUCGUGUUCCGCAACGACCCCAGCGACGCCUUCGUGGUGCUGCGGGCGAGGCCGGAGCGGCCCCUGCACAACUUCACCGUCUGCCUGCGCUCCUACAGCCACCUCCAGCGGCCCCAGGGCCUCUUCUCCUACGCCACCAAGGCCCAGGACAACGAGAUCCUGCUCUUCAAGCCCAAGCCCGAGGAGUUCCGGCUCUACGUGGGCGGCAAACACGUCGCCUUCCACGUGCCCGGCGCCGGGCACCGGGACUGGCAGCACGUCUGCGCCGGCUGGGAGUCGGCCACGGGCAUCGCCCAGUUCUGGCUCGACGGCAAGCCCUGGCCCAGGAAGGGGCUGCAGAAGGGCUACACGGUGGGGGGCACGGCCUCCAUCCUGCUGGGGCAGGAGCAGGACGGGUUCGGGGGCGGUUUCGACCCCUACAACUCGUUCUGCGGGGAGAUGGGGGACGUCUACAUGUGGGACGCGCUGCUGCCGGCGGAGAAGGUGCGGGCGGCGAACCUGGGGCUGCGCCUGCCCCCCGCCCUGCUGGCCUGGCACGGCCUCGCCUACGAGCUCAGGGGGGACGUGGUGGUGGCGGCGCGGCUGAGGGAGGGCUUCAGGGGCUGA